AUGACAUCGGGUACCCCGCCAAAGCCCUCAGCUCUCGAGGUGCUGGAUCUCUCGUCUGCUACGCCCGCCUUCACCAAGCCCACCAAGCGCAUCCACGAGGGCCCCGACGUCGCGCGCUUCCUCACCAGCCUUGCCUAUCGUGAUAUCGGCACCUUCAUCCUCCAGCUCAACCUCGCCCUCUGCCCUCGCAACCAGGCCAGCUCACCCCUCCCCCGCACCUUUCCCCUCACAACCAACCCGCCAGCUGUGCCCCUGCCCGCAUCCAUCCUGACCCUGCAGUCUCUUCUGGCCAAGAUCGACUCCUUCAUCGGCGAAGCUCCUCCGGAUCCUGGCCCUCGGCGAUUUGGCAAUGUGAGCUAUCGGAAGUGGUAUGCUCUCCUUGAGGAGCGCCUGAAUGAGAUUCUGAACGACGGUCCCUUAGGCGAGACUGUGCAGCUUGGCGGGGGCACCGCUAAGGAAGAGGUGUCUAGCUAUCUUUUGGGCGGAUUUGGAAGUGUGCAACGACUAGACUAUGGAACGGGACACGAACUCAGCUUCGUAGCCUUCUUGGGGUGUCUAUGGAAGCUAGGAUAUUUCAUGGACGGGAACCAGGGUGGUGAGAUCGAGCGGCAGAUCGUUCUCCAGGUCAUCGAGCCAUACCUGCGGGUUGUGAGAAAACUCAUCCUGACUUACACCCUGGAACCCGCCGGCUCUCACGGAGUCUGGGGUCUGGACGACCACGCUUUCAUGCCCUACAUAUUCGGCUCCGCACAGUUCACCCGUCCUAUCAACGACAACGACUCAAUGCCCACAGAGGGCUCCGUCAAGGGAGCCCCCAAGCCCAGCGAUGUCACCAAAGCGGCUGUCGUAGAGGACUACCGCCAGACCAACAUGUACUUCGCGGCCAUCGGCUUCAUCAACGACGUCAAGACAGGCCCCUUCUGGGAGCACAGCCCCAUCCUAUUCGACAUCUCGGGCAUCCGGGACGGCUGGGGCAAGAUCAACAAGGGCAUGAUCAAGAUGUUCAACGCCGAGGUAUUGUCCAAGUUCCCCGUCGUCCAACACUUCCCCUUUGGCUCGCUAUUCUCCUGGGACACCGACCCGAACGCUGCGACACCGACCCAGAGCGUCCACAUGGUCAACCAGCCCACUGUUGCAGCUAUGGCUCCCCCACCGCCGUCGGGGGUUGGGACUGCGGCGCCGUGGGCUCAGGCGACGAGGAUGCCAGCGCCGCCAGGCCCUGGAAUUCCGUACUCAAGGGUCCCGCCUCCGGCCCCAAGUACUGGAUCACCUGCAUCGCGGCCAGUUCAGGGGAACUCAGCAGACCCCGGAUCAACUAGCGCGCAGAUUACCAUGACCAAAGCUCCAUGGGCAAGGUAA